AUGACGCUUUCAGAUCCACGUAGAUGUACGACUCUUCUGAUUCUCGCGUUGGAGAUAUUUGAUGUCGUUGAUUCAUUGGCGUGUUACUCAUGCAUUGCAUUGAAUUACAGACAAAACGUUUUGUCUCGUAACGAUGCUCUGUUCCCUCCACAAAGUCGCGAGAAUCUCACCGCGUUGUUUGACGUCUUGUCCGAGAACAAAAUUGGAAACGUGGAAGUAUCCUCUAGUUGUGCAGACGUCACUCUCACAACACAACCUUCUUUUCUGAAUACUCCAAUUUCAAUUUGUGAUCCGAAUGAUAAAUGUGUUAAAAUGGAUUUUUAUUACUCAGGAGAGAAAGUAGUCCUACGAAACUGUCUUUCAAAUCUGAUGGCGACUCCAAAUUCACGGAAAUUCAAGCAUCAUUGCCCAAUGUAUUCAGAUGAUCGUUCUGAAAUGUGA